UUUUAUUGAACCAUUUAACAAAUGUUAGUGAUCACACACGAUUAAAUGUUUCAUGAAAAAGCGAUGGAUUCGGGGGUUUACACACUCGGGUUGAGGCCUUUACUCGACCAAAACUGGCAACCCGGGAGUCCGGCCAUAGCGCUGAAAAACUUGUUGUUGUCGGGGAAAAUGGCGUCAAACGUUGAGGCCCCGGAGCGCUGGUACCUCGCCCUUCUCGGCUUUGCGGAGCAUUUCCGAACGUCCAGUCCGCCCAAAAUCCGUCUCUGCGUGCACUGUCUACAGGCGGUGUUUCAGUUCAAGCCGCCACAGAGGAUCGAGGCCCGGACACAUCUUCAGCUCGGCUCGGUCCUCUACCACCACACCAAGAACAGCGAGCUGGCCCGCAGCCACCUGGAGAAAGCGUGGUUUAUAUCCCAACAAGUCCCCCAGUUUGAAGAUGUCAAAUUCGAAGCUGCCAGCAUUUUGUCAGAACUCUUCUGCCAACAGAAUUUGGUGGACUCUGCGAAGCCGCUCCUGCGCAAGGCGAUCCAGAUCUCCCAGCAGACCCCGUACUGGCACUGCAGGUUGUUGUUCCAGUUGGCGCAACUUCAUACACUGGAGAAAGACUUGGUGUCAGCAUGUGACCUGCUGGGGGUCGGCGCUGAGUACGCCCGAGUGGUCGGGUCGGAAUAUACCAGGGCGCUGUUUCUCCUCAGCAAAGGGAUGUUGCUGCUGAUGGAGAGGAAGCUGGGGGAGGUGCAUCCCCUGCUCACACUGUGCGGCACUAUAGUGGAAAACUGGCAGGGAAACCCGAUCCAGAAGGAGUCCCUGAGGGUCUUCUUCCUGGUGCUGCAGGUCACUCACUACCUGGAUGCCGGGCAGGUGAAGAGCGUGAAGCCGUGUCUGAAGCAGCUGCAGCAGUGCAUCCAGACCAUCUCCACCCUCCACGACGACGAGAUUCUGCCCAGCAACCCGGCCGACCUCUUCCACUGGCUGCCCAAGGAGCACAUGUGUGUCCUGGUGUAUCUGGUGACCGUCAUGCACUCCAUGCAAGCGGGCUACCUGGAGAAGGCUCAGAAGUACACCGACAAGGCUCUUAUGCAACUAGAGAAACUAAAGAUGUUGGACUGCAGCCCCAUCCUCUCCACCUUUCAAGUCAUUCUGCUGGAGCACAUCAUCAUGUGUCGGCUCGUCACGGGCCACAAGGCCACGGCGUUACAAGAGAUCUCGCAGGUGUGUCAGCUGUGCCAACAGUCGCCCCGACUCUUCACCAACCACGCCGCUCAGCUCCACACGCUGCUGGGUCUGUACUGCAUCUCGGUGAACUGCAUGGAUAACGCAGAGGCACAGUUCACCACGGCUUUGCGGCUCACCACACACCAGGAACUGUGGACGUACAUCGUCACCAACUUGGCCAGCGUCUACAUACGGGAAGGGAACCGACACCAGGAGUUGUACAGCCUCCUAGAGAGAAUCAAUCCAGACCAUAACUUCCCAGUGAGCUCUCACUGCCUGCGUGCUGCGGCCUUCUACAUCCGAGGACUCCUGUCCUUCUUCCAGGGGCGAUACAACGAGGCCAAACGCUUCCUACGGGAAACCCUGAAGAUGUCUAAUGCUGAGGAUCUGAACCGACUGACCGCCUGCUCCCUGGUUCUGCUGGGCCACAUCUUCUACGUGCUGGGAAACCACAGAGAAAGCAACAACAUGGUGGUACCUGCCAUGCAGCUGGCCAGCAAGAUCCCCGACAUGUCUGUACAGCUCUGGUCCUCGGCGCUGCUGAAAGACUUGAACAAGGCCCUGGGGAACACCAUGGACGCCCACGAGGCCGCCCAGAUGCACCAGAACUUCUCCCAGCAGCUGCUGCAGGACCACAUCGCCGCCUGCAGCCUCCCCGAGCACAACCUCAUCAGCUGGACUGACGGCCCUCCUCCUGUCCAGAUCCAAGCCCAGAACGGCCCGACCACCAGCCUCGCGAGCCUGCUAUGAGGAGAAGAAGAAGAAAAAACGUGUGUGUCUGGCGUAUGGCGGAAGCUGCUACAUCAUCAUCGAAAAAAAGAAGAAGAAGAAAAAAAAACCCAGAUUGGAGCCUCGACCCGCCAUCAGACCGCUGCAGCCCGAGAGGAUUCUAACAGGUCGCAGAGUUCCGGCCUUCACUUUAUUAGUUCCUCAAGAUUUUGCUUCCUGAUUGUCCGCCACUUCUUUGGUUUGUUGUAAAGCAAUUACAGCGACGGUUGUGCAUGUAUUUCACACUCUCUGGCGGCACGGACGCGCGUCGAUGCGAGCCGGGGGGGGCGGGCAGGCAGGCGCACGGCGGCGGGCAGGCGCACGGCGGCGACCGGUAAAGCCAUGCCAGCUCUGUGGUCGCCGGGUUUCUCUUCCAUUGGUCGGGGGGAGGGAGGAGGGGCCAGAUAAAGGAGCAGGCAGUAAAGAAAUGUAGAAGAAAUUAAUUUAUUCAUGUCAAUAUUUUUGUAUCUGUUGGUAAAUAUUUUACAUCUUGCCUUUUUUGUAUGAAUCCUGUUUUUUUUUCAUGCAUGGAAGUUACUGACGUGGACUCUCCGUACAAUAGUUUGGGUGGCAAAUAAUAACUCCUGGUUCUGGUUUUCUUUGCACAAAAUCUAUAUUCGAAAGAAUAGAGACAUCUUGUAAUAUAUUUUCACACAUUAAUCAGUUAAAAAGUGUCACGCUAUGAAUAGGUGCUGCUCAUAGUGUCGGGGGCCGAAAUAUCGGACGAUGUUUAAAUACAUGCGAGUUUUAUAUCAUUUGGUGGCUGCGAGUUUUGCCACGUUCCGUUUUUAAAGCAACACAACUGAUGUAUUUUUCCAUAAUAUAAAAAUUCCUUGCCGAUGUAUUCAUUUGUUUUAAAAUCAGAUUUAGACUUUUGGAGCUCACAGUAAUCUUCAGAUAUUCAAAGAGGCAAAUUUAUUUUAUUUUGUUAUAUUUUCAUUUGUCUUGAUAGCUAAAAGGUUUCUUUACAGUUUGUUUGUAUAGAUUUGCCACUUGUUGAACCUUUAUUGUACAGUGACAUUUUAUAAAGGCAAUUUAGUAAAGUGUGAUAUGUAUUUUUAGCUAUCCUCUGUAGAAAUCUCAAUGCUUGGUAUUUAAGGCACUCUGUAAGGACACGGUAUAAGCUUGAGUACUAGCCAUAUUCUAUCCAAUGCCUAUGUUUUUAAUGCUUACAUUGUUUUCAAUAAUUUUCCAAUAAAAAUAUGAUUGAAUACA